AUGAACAACAAGCAAAACAACUUAUUUUUGCUAGGUGAUGUGGAUAAGAAAAAUCGGCUCACUCCUGAUUUAAUGCUUGCAGUUCCAAAAGGGAGAGCAGAAACUGGUGAGUUGGGAAUAUUACCAGGUCUGUCAAGGCAAGAAGAACUUGGUAAAGGUUAUGUUACAGAUUCAGAUGGUAAUGAAUCAGCAUUUGAACAUGGAAUUGAAGAUUUGUAA